UACUAUUUAAACACAACAAUGGAUCCAUUGAAAGCUAAAGCUAAUUAUUCCAGGGUAUGCCAUUUGUUGGUAGAUAAAGCUAACAAUGCUUUGAGAAAUGCUUUGCAUGCGGUGCAUCCACCUUCCACCUUAGCUUCCGUUUUGAAUGCAAACAGAGCGACCUUGCAGAGAAUACGAUACGGUGUAAUUAAAGCCUCGCAAUGGUAUCUACUCUUUCCAACAUCUGGUACACCAGAUUCAAAAAACUUUGACAUUACCCUGUUGACUGUCCUGCUCCGAAAUAUUUGUGGAUUGUCCGCACCAGCAACCGGAUGGAAUGUGAUGCCUCCAAUCAGCGAUACUUCUAUAUCUGCAAAUAUUUUAAGAGUCAAAAUGUUUAGAAAUGAAGUCUAUAGUCAUAUUCCGACUGCUGGUUUGAACGACGUAACGUUUGAAACAUUGUGGAAAGAAAUUUCUGUUCCGUUAGUCAACUUGGGAAUUUCUCAAAAUGAUAUCGAUGAAUUAAAGGUGGCUCCUCUUAGCCCUGAAGAAGAAAGUUAUAUUGAAAGAUUAAAAGAGUGGAAAGAAAAAGAGGAUGAUUUUAUGUCAAAAUUAAACGAUGUUGAAAGUGAAGUAGUGAAGCUAAGAAAGACAGUUGAAAAUGUUCAUCUCUCGCAUGUCGAGCAACUGGCUAAAUUUGACUUUACUGGAAAGAUUCGUGACCUUUGUAGAAAAUUUCAAGAUGGCACUAGAAAGUGGUUGUUUGAUAAACUUUCAAGCUGGUUUGAGAGUGAAGAAUCCAGUGUCUUGAUCCUAACUGCAGGUCCUGGCGUUGGAAAAAGUGUUUUGUCUGCAAAGCUUUGCGAGCUUUUUAGACAACGUGGUCAACUCGCAGCUCACCAUUUCUGUGACUUUCGCAAUUCUGAUUCUAGCAAUCCUCAGAGAAUCCUCCAGUCUCUUGCCAGUCAAAUGUGUGAUAAUGCUGAAGGAUUUCGUGAUAAAUUAACUGAAAUUCUUCGUCGUGAACAUUCUCGUGACUCGCUGUCAGACGCAUUUCGUGUUCUUUUGAACGACCCCCUCCAUGCCCUUGACAGACACGACCCAAUGUUGAUCAUCGUUGAUGCUUUGGACGAGAGCAAAACUGACGAGAAAAGCGAAUUAUUGGAGUUGAUAUCUGAGAGAUUUUGUGAACUGCCAGAUUGGAUUAAGAUAUUCAUUUCAAGUCGACCAGAGCUUCAAGUACGAAAGAUCCUUGAACAUCUUCACCCGUGGGAAAUCCGUCCUGAUGACAAAGAUCACAACCACGACAUAGAGCUUUUUGUUCGUCAUAGUUUACCUAAUCUUCAUUAUUACAGAAUAAGGUUAGUUACGUCAAAGUGUGAGGGAUCGUUUUUGUUCGCUUAUUACUUAGUCAGUGAAUUGAAAGAAAAGGGCGUGGGAAUUGAACCCGACCUAAGUGAUUACAUCUCCAACGGUAUUUCGGGAUAUUACGAAAAACAGUUCAAACGUUUGAAAAUAGGCUUCCAACGUUUCAAGCAAGACACCUCAUGUCUCUUGAAGAGUUUCAUCAAUGUCGUUGCCGUUUCAAAGGAGCCCCUCCCAAUAAAAGUUCUCUUCACAUGCAUGGGUCUCUCUAAAGACGAAUUUGUAAUUCGUAAAGAGUUUCUUGACCUAAUGUCAGAGAUUCUUCCAGUUUACGAUGAGUGUCUGACUGUUUAUCAUAAGUCAUUAUGGGAUUGGCUGACAUUGAACGGUUAUGAGGAACAUGCGUUCGUUGCAGAUGUUGAAGACGGCAAUAGACGUCUCUGGCGUGCUUGUAAGCAACAAUUCUGCGAGAUUGAUGCUUUGAAGUCAGUUUUAGAAUUCCAGAUUUCACCCGAGAAAAUGUACGCUUUAGAAAAUGGCGUGAAAUAUUUGGUCGGUACAGGCGAGGUAGAGGAAUUUCAUUGGUUGGUGCAUGUUGGUAUAAAUUUUUUGAGACUAAAAUUUUUUGAUCGCCUGCACAGUUAUUUUUUCAGGCUAAUUCUUGGCACGUACUGUUCUAAACUUUCGAAAGAUAUUCAUUGGGGCAUCAUGCAACACCUUUUUUUCUCCGAAAUGGUAGAAGUUCGCUCUCUGCGUGGAAUAGUUGAGACUUGUGAAAAAGAUAGUUGUUACGCAUAUUUGCAAGCACUCGCUAAUGGACACUUUGAUUUUUCACAAGGUGCCUUCAAUUCCAAAAGUGUAGCUAGGGACAUCUUGUGUGCGACAAAUGAGUUUUGGAUAGAAUAUAUGAGAACUGAAAGCAAUUCUAAUUUAAGCAUUGUCCCCGAAGCUGUGGUUCCAGACAGUUCACUUAAAUUUGAAUUUAUUGUGUCACCGGACAAUACGAUGUUUGCUUGCAUACAUCCGCAUGAGCGAAAAGUUCGAAUGCUUAAAAUACCAGAUCUUACAACUAUCUUUGAGGCACAAAUUACUAUUAUAAGACCUCGUUGCCAAUUCUCUGCCUUUUCUCCAGCCUCUUCCUAUUGUUUAUACGAUUCAAUCCGGUUCUGCAUCAAUAUUAAAGAAAAGAAAGAGGUCCCCUUCAUCACGCAUGGCCCCGAUGAUAUCAGUUUCUGUUCAUUUUCUUCAUGUGGAAUGAAACUUGUCACAUUAGAGAAAAUGUCAAUCAAAGUGUGGGAUGUAAAAAGCAAGAAUAUAUUGAUUGAAGUUGAGAAUGUGUAUGAUGAGCGAUCUUAUUGUUUGUUUAGUAAUUGUAACUCGUACAUUCUACUUUGGAUAAGGGGUGAGGAAAGAUUUGGUUCCCCAGUCUUAGAUUACAUGAACGUCUUGAAAUCUGAAACUUUGGAAAAGAUUGAUAACACGAAUAUUCGUGUUGACCAGAAUUUGUGUAGUAAUGAUUCCUUUCAAAUGUUUUCCCCUCCUUAUUUGUUUUCCGACUCGAAUGUUAAAAUGAAAAUGAAUUGCAUCUGUUUGCCAUCUGGUGAGAAAGUUAUAAUUUCCAAUAAAUACUGUUCAAAAGUUUUUGUGUGGAAAAACAGAAAGUGUGUAGCAUUUACAAAUGAUUUGAAAAAUGAUUUAGCUUUGGUAGUGUACGAUUUCAUAAAUCAAAAGAUCGUUGACGUGUUUGAGAUUGGAUUUUUGCCUUGUGAUACUCUUGUCACUUACAUUUCGAAAUUAGAUGGGACGAGUUUUCUUUUGUCUUUAGGAUUUCCCAAAGUAUUCAGUGUUUUAUCCUUCAAAUCUCUUCUCCAAUGGCCUGAUGCUACUUUUGUUGACAAUGCCAAAAUAGAUUGCUGUGCACUCUCUCCAGACACUUUGUAUGUGGCGUGCUGUUUUCAAAAUUACCUUCUUUCAAUAAGAAGUGUCGAGAGUGGGGAAACAUUGCAAAUUGUUGCACUGAAACAACGAGCAUUAGCAUGUUGGUGGUCAGAGUUGUAUCUUUGGUUGGUCUGUGAAGGUCUGGUUGUUAAAUAUCGUUAUGAACCUAGGAAUGAAAAUAUCUUACGAAGUCAACAUGAAGAAUCUAUUGUAAAUUUCGAACGUGUCCUUGCAUUUAAAAAUGGAGUUCUUGCCAUUGACGGCGAUCGGAAACUUUCUAUUUUAAAAAUUCGUAACGAAAAACUGUGUUAUCAAGAAACGCCGUUAUGUAGGUUUACUGACCCUUCUGUUGCAAUAAGUUCUGAUGGGUGUGCUGUUAUGUUAUUGUUGGAUUCUAGAUCAGAUUAUCAAUUGUGGGAAAUAGAAUGUGGCAACAGGUGGCUGGUUCGUUCAACCGGAGAGGUGAAUCUACCUGAUAUUCUUUGGUGGUCUUUAUCUGGUACAAAAACGACUCGCAAUGCAGUGUUCUUGACAAGAGAUGCAUCGUCUAGUAUUCGUUUACUUUCUAUUACUUUUCCAAAUGGUGUGAAAAGUUUGCAUGAACUUCCUAUUGAAUACUUUGGAGGGGCUGUUUAUAGGCCGUAUUCUCGACUGGAUUUUCGUUUAGUUUUGUUCCCCCCUCACGGGGAAUACUUUUUGACAAGCAAAAUCUGUAGAUUAUUAUGUGUAAAAUUCAAAUUCACUUGUUGUAAUUUUUACAAACCUGCAGUUUUUUAG